AGCCAAACUUCAAGGACCAAGUAGUGCAAUUUACUCUAUACUAAAUCUAUAUAUAAUCCCACCAUGCACCCCAUAUAGUCAAUCCCACAUACUCUCCCUCUCUCCAAAUCUAACUUCUUUCUAGUCUUCAAAGUGUAAUAUACAUAUUUAUUUAUUCACAAAAACAUGUUACCAUACCAUCCAAGGCCAAUGAUCAUGAUGGAAAGGACAAGAAAGUCCAAUAUUGAACAAGCACCAAAUUGUCCUAGGUGUGCCUCUACCAACACAAAAUUUUGUUACUACAACAACUAUAGCUUGUCACAACCUAGGUAUUUUUGCAAAGCUUGUCGUAGAUAUUGGACUAAAGGUGGUUCUCUUCGAAAUGUCCCCGUUGGUGGCGGUUGCCGGAAAAGUCGACGUUCAAGAUCUACACGAAAAGACGAUAAUACCCUUCAAACAUCGAGCCCCGCCCUCGAAGGCGCUCCCGGAGCUCAUGACAUUGAUCUAGCGGAUGUUUUCGCUAAGUAUUUGAACCAAGGUACAAAUAAUGAUCAUGAUGAUAAUAUUAUCAUUCAAGAAUCUCAAGAUUAUUCUUCUAUUGGAGCAAGCUUAUCUAAUUCUCCUUCAUCAGAUAGCUUAGUUAAUAAUCCAACUUCUUUUGAAAAUGAAAGUUUGUUGGAUAAUUUCCAAGAUUACCCUUGUGGUAAUUUUCUACAAGAGGAGCAAGGGGCUCAAAUUAAUCAAGAUUUUCUUGAUUUUAACGCUAGCUUUCUUGAAAUGCAAGCUAUACUUGGACAAGAGGAGGAUCAAUUUGAUCAUUAUAACACAAGUAAUUUUGAGUGGCAACCAAUGAUGCAAUUUCAAGAUUUUGGAUCAAUUUUAGAAUUAGAUGAUCAUCAACUCACGAAGAAUUCGACAACAAACUUAGCAAGUCAUGACAAUAACAACAACAACAACUAUAGUUCAUUUGAUCUAUCCAACUAUAUAUGAAAUUUACUUAAGGUGCAAAGGGUCAUCUUCUUUAUUUUAUUUUAUAUUUUUGGUUUGGUGGGGGUGGGGGAUAGGAGGGGUGGGGGUCUAAAUUUAUUCUUACUUGGAAAAUGACAGUUAACUGUCAUAUUGUUAUUUGAAAGAGACUUAUGAGAAAUACAGGAUGAAUAUAAUAAAAGAAAAAUACACACACAAAAAAGAAAAGAAAAGAAAAGUAUUGUACACUUAUUUUUCUUCCUUAUUUUGUUGUAACCUGCAUUAAAUAUUUAGGCUGGAGUAGUAUGUUGUAACUUCUUAAAGUCAACAAUGGUUCACAAUCAAGCAAUUAUGGCACAUGGACUACUUUGGCAUAAAUACAUACAGUAAUUAAA